AACAAACAUUACACAAUCUAGCAUCAACCUUCCUUCGCACUCAAAAUAUGAAUCUCUUGUCCAAGAAAAUCACAUGCAAUUCGCAUGGCCAAGACUCCUCCUACUUCCUCGGAUGGCAAGAAUACGAAAAGAAUCCUUACCAUGAGACCCGCAAUCCCAAUGGCAUCAUCCAAAUGGGCCUCGCCGAAAAUCAGCUCUCCUUCGAUCUUCUCGAAUCCUGGUUGGUUCAGAACCCGGAAGCCGCCGCCUUUAAGGGUACUGACAAUGCAGGCGAAUCCAUUUUCCGGCAGCUUGCGCUCUUUCAAGAUUAUCAUGGCCUUCCUUCCUUCAAGAACGCUAUGGUUGAGUUCAUGUCAGAAAUCCGAGGAAACAAAGUCUCAUUCAAUCCCGACAAUCUCGUGCUCACCGCCGGCUCAACUCCCGCCAACGAGACGCUCAUGUUCUGUCUCACCAACCCCGGCGACGCUUUCCUACUCCCCACUCCAUACUACCCAGGAUUCGACAGAGACUUGAAAUGGAGGACCGGAGCAGAGAUUGUUCCAAUUCAGUGUUUCAGCUCCAACGAUUUCAGGAUCACCGAGUCUGCGCUGCAAGAAGCUUACCUCUCCGCCCAAAAGAGGAACUUGAAAGUGAAGGGCGUUUUAGUCACCAACCCAUCCAACCCAUUGGGAACAACGUUGACCCGAGAAGAGCUCGACCUCCUCAUCACUUUCGUCGACGAGAAGGGAAUCCAUCUGAUCAGCGACGAGAUCUACUCCGGCACCUCUUUUGACUCCCCUGCCUUUGUCAGCGCCAUGGAGGUUCUCACGGAAAGAAUUCACAACAAAACUGUCACCCAUGACAGUGUGUGGGGCCGGGUCCACAUCGUCUACAGUCUAUCCAAGGAUAUGGGGCUUCCGGGUUUUCGGGUCGGGGCGAUUUACUCCAACGACGAGUUGGUCGUGUCGGCGGCUACAAAAAUGUCGAGCUUCGGCUUGGUCUCUUCUCAAACGCAGUACCUUCUAUCCGCCAUGCUCUCUGACAAGAAGUUCACGAAGGAGUACUUGACAGAAAACCAGAAAAGGCUGAAGCAGAGACACGCGAUGUUGGUCGCCGGACUCCGGGAAACCGGCAUCGAGUGCCUGGAGAGCAGCGCGGGAUUGUUCUGCUGGGUGGACAUGAGACAUCUCCUCAAAUCACAAACGUUCGAGGCGGAAAUAGAACUGUGGAAGAAAAUCGUUUACCAAGUCGGGUUAAACAUCUCGCCCGGGUCUUCCUGCCAUUGCACCGAACCGGGGUGGUUCAGAGUUUGUUUUGCUAACAUGUCAGAGGAAACACUGAAUUUGGCGAUGCAGCGGAUAAGUUCGUUUGUAGCGGCGGACGCGACCCAUUUGAAAAGGUCGCAGAAUUCAAAUAAGAACCAGAAGAAAGGAUUGACCAAAUGGGUUUCCCGAUUAUCGUCUAACGACGGUCAAAGAGAACGGUAGUAGCAUCGCGUAAUUCCUCUCCGGAUGUGUAAAUACUAAAUAUGUUCACUCAGUCGAUAGCUUAGAGACGAGAAGUGGAUUUCUUUUGUAGCGUCACAUGAAUUUCAUUUAAUUUGGUGGAUUUCACAAACUUUCCUUUUCUAUUUGGUGGUUCUUAUGAGAGAGGAAACCGGACAAACCAAAGGAGUCGCCAGAAUUCAACUAAAAAUAUUGAUCCGACAUGGACUUCAACUAAUUAUUCCAUUCUGCAUUUUCCAAAAUUCGUUCGUGUUUAAAAAAUGAUUGAUGACGUUUAUACUUUGGACUUGAUUUUGGAGUUGGCGUGGUUUAAACUGCAUUGGUCUAAGUGUGUGGUUGGGUCUAAACUCCAAAUUAGUCACUGGGCUUUAAAUAAGAUCACGUUUAAAUUGACUGAUCAAGGUUUGGUCGAUCUAUUUAAUUCUAUUCUUGUAUCUGAUCUCUUUUAUACUCAUAAUUAAAA